AUGUCUGCUGCCAGCUGUCUGCUGUCUGAAGACCAGUUUCUGUGCUGCAUUUGUCUGGAAGUGUUCACAGAUCCAGUCAGUACACCAUGUGGACACAACUUCUGCAAGAACUGCAUCACUCAGCACUGGAACAGCAGUCCUCUGUGUGAGUGCCCCGUCUGUAAAAGGAAGUACUACACAAGACCCGAGCUCCAUGUCAAUACUUUCAUCUCUGAGAUGGCUGCUCAGUUCAAGCUGUCAGCUCAGCAGGAAGCCAGGCAGCCUCAUCAGACUGUUUCAGGCCUGAAGAGACAUCAGCUGAUCGACCCUGUUAAGAACCUGACAUGGAUGAUAUGUUCAAAACACGAUAAACCGCUGGAGCUCUAUUGUAAGACCGACCAAAGGUGUGUCUGUGCUAUCUGCUCUGUUUCGAACCACAAGUGUCAUGAUGUUGUUCCUCUGACAGAAGAAUAUGAAGCAAAGAAGGCAGGGUUCGAGAAAACAGAGGCUGAAAUUCAGGAGAUGAUCCAGAAAAGAAAGAUUAAGAUUGGGGAAAUGAAACACUCUGUGCAGCUCAAGUUUGCAAAGAGCAGCUUGAAAGAGCUGAUCAAGACAAUUGAAGAGCAGCAAAGAACAGCAGAGAAACAGGCUGAAGGCCGCAUGAAGGAGAUAAAGCAGGAGAUUUCUGAGCUUAUGCAGAGAAGCUCUGAGGUGGAGCAGCUCACACGGCCUGAAGACAUCCUUCACCUCAUCCAGAGUUUAUCUUCAGUGAAAGCUGCUCCCCCCACCAAAGACUGGACAAACAUCAGUGUCCAUCAACCAUCAUACACAUGGAUGGUGGUGAGAAUUAUAAAUCAGGUGGAGAGGAAUCUCAGAAGGCUCUGUGGUGCAAUGGAGAGCGCACUGGACUUUUAG